AUGGGUAAUAAUGAGUUUCUAUUUCUAAGCAGAGAAGGGGAGAACAUGCAAGGAAGUGUUUACAUGGUAAGCGGGCCUGUGGUUAUUGCAGAGAACAUGCUUGGGUGUGCCAUGUAUGAACUUGCAAAGGUGGGGCACCAGGGCCUCAUGGGCGAGGUAAUAAAGAUAGAGGGAGAUAAGAUUACAAUCCAGGUAUAUGAAGAAACAUCUGGUCUUGGUGUUGGAGAUCCUGUUGUUCGGCUAGGGCACCCUUUGUGUGUUGAGCUGGGCCCAGGGCUUCUUGAUAAUAUAUUUGACGGGAUACAGAGGCCACUGCGGCAGAUAUACAAUGACACGAAGAGUCUGUACAUCCCCAAUGGUAUUGCAGCACCAGCUCUGGAUAGGACCAAGAAGUGGGAGUUUACUCCGACUGUGUCAAUUGGAGAAUCUUUAAAGCCAGGAGACAUCUUUGGAACAGUGCAGGAGAAUACUCUUCUCCGACUGCGUCUUAUGGUGUCACCAAAAAGUAGGGGCGGGGUUGUCACAAAGAUAGCCGAAAAGGGAGAGUACACGGUGGAAGAGGUGCUUCUAGAGAUGGAGAACAACGGAGUGAAGAGCCAGGAGAAAAUGUACCAGGUGUGGCCAGUGCGAUCACCCAGACCAAUUAAGCAGAAGCUGACACCAGUGCAGCAGCUGUUCACUGGGCAAAGGCUUCUGGACUCCAUGUUCCCAUGCGUGCAGGGAGGGACAGCUGCUAUUCCAGGCGCUUUUGGGUGCGGAAAAACAGUUAUUUCGCAGUCUCUGUCAAAAUACUCAAACUCUGAUGUAAUAGUGUAUGUGGGGUGCGGUGAGCGAGGAAACGAAAUGAGCGAGGUUCUGCAGGAGUUUCCCACGCUCAAGAUAAAUGUAGAUGGCAAAGAGGAGUCAAUUAUGAAGAGAACCGUGCUUAUUGCAAAUACUUCUAAUAUGCCGGUGGCUGCCAGAGAGGCAUCAAUCUACACAGGAAUCACAAUAGCCGAGUACUACCGAGACCAGGGAUACAACGUGUCCAUGAUGGCAGACUCAACCUCCAGAUGGGCUGAGGCGCUUAGAGAGAUAAGUGGUAGGCUGGCAGAAAUGCCGGCGGACAGUGGAUAUCCUGCGUAUCUUGGGGCACGACUGGCAUUUUUCUAUGAAAGAGCUGGAUACACUGAGUGCCUGGGCACCAAAGAAAGGCAGGGUAGUGUUACUGUUGUAGGAGCAGUCUCACCGCCAGGAGGAGACUUUUCAGACCCAGUCACAGCAGCCACUCUGGGGAUUGUGCAGGUGUUCUGGGGGCUGGAUAAGAAGCUUGCGCAGAGAAAGCACUUCCCAAGUGUCAACUGGAACCUUAGCUACUCAAAGUACAUUAACCUGCUAACGCCAUACCACAAUGUGUACGAUGCAAAGUAUGCAGAGUCAAUGAAGGUUGUGAAGGAGCUGCUGCAGAAAGAAGAGUCCUUGAGCGAAAUAGUGCAGCUUGUUGGAAAAGGCUCGCUAGGGGAACUGGAAAAGCUUGAAAUGAGCGUGGCAAAGGUUAUCAAGGAGGACUUCCUGCAGCAAAACGGAGUGUCGCUAUACGAUAAGUACUGUCCUUUCUACAAAACAGUUUUGAUGAGCAACAUGAUUGUGCACUACUACAGAACGUGCAGAGAGCUGCUGGAGACAAAGACUGUGCCAUCUUGGGAGUUCUUGCUGAAUGAGACGAAAGACGUCUACUACAAGCUCACAAGAAUGAAGUUUGAGGACCCGGUGAAUGGAGAGGAUAAAGUAACAAAGAACUUGAUGCAGCUGCAAAAGAACCUGGAAGAUGCAGUGCGCGUGUUCACUGAGUAG